CGGCUCAUUAUUAUUAUUCGUCAUGGAAGCUGUCCUUUCUAUCUGAACAAACAACUUCCAUGGCCAACAAUACAUCCAUACUUAAACUUGUAGUACAGUGUGGGACUGUUGGUGAGGAUCAUACAAGAAAUUGA